AUGGCAGUUAUCGACGAAAACACAAUAGCAGCGCAAGCCUUCGUGUUUUUCGUUGCCGGCUACGAGACGAGCAAGAAUACGAUAGCCUUCUGUCUGUACGAGUUGGCGGUGGACCCGAAAAUCCAGGAACGGACCAGACGAGACGUGCUCGAAGCUCUGGACAAGCGCGACGGCUCAUUGACUUACGAGGCCGUGCAGGACAUGAAAUACUUGGAUAUGGUUAUUCUAGAAUCCCAUCAGCAAGACAUGCUGCUCGAGCUGACGCCCCUGCUGCUGGUGGCGGUUCUUUUGUACGCGCUUCACGCCUACCUGACCUCGACCUUCGACUACUGGCUGGUGCGGGGCGUGCCAUACCGCAAGCCGACACCCCUGCUCGGCAACUUUGCCGAUCUGCUGCUCUUCCGCAAAUGCCAGGCCGAGGGGCUCAGCGACAUGUACAACUGGUUCGGCAACGAGCGGUACUUUGGCGUGUUCAGGGUGCGCUCGCCCAUCCUCAUUGUCAGGGACCCCGACCUCGUCAAGUCCAUCUGCGUCAAGGACUUUUCGGUCUUUCGCAACCGCGGCAUACCCGUCAACGGUGCCCAAGACCCGCUCUCCGCCCACCUCUUCAACCUCGAAGGAAAGCACUGGAAGAGCUUGCGAGCCAAGCUCACGCCGGCCUUCUCCUCGGGCAAGCUGAGGAGCAUGUUCUACCUGCUGGCCGAGUGCUCGGACGGUCUGGGGCGGCUGGUGGAGCGCAGACUCGAGCCAUCCAGGGGCGGCGCGGUCGUGGAGGCGGGAGAGUUGGCCGCGAACUUCACGAUAGACGUGAUCGGCAGCUGCGCCUUUGGCCUGCGGAUAAACGCCCUGGGGGACGAGGACUCGGGGUUUCGAAGGGCCGCGCUCAGGUUGUCGAGGCCCGGCUACGUGGCUACGCUCUGGCGCAUGCUCAGGACCGCCUUGCCGAGGUUGUACAAGGUCUUGGGUGUUCAGGUGAUUGAUCCCGAGGUGACGGAGUUUUUCAAGAGGCUCGUGUCGCAGAUGGUGGAGGAGCGCGAGAGCAGCGCGGCCCCGAGGCGGCACGAUUUCAUGGAUCUGCUGAUCGAGCUGAAGAACAGGGGCACGCUCGACCAUAGCAAUGGGCUACUUCGGGAACCUCGGGACGACGAGGGUUCUGGUGCUGCUGGAGAUAUUGUUAUCGACGAAAACACAAUAGCAGCGCAAGCCUUCGUGUUUUUCGUUGCCGGCUACGAGACGAGCAAGAAUACGAUAGCCUUCUGUCUGUACGAGUUGGCGGUGGACCCGAAAAUCCAGGAACGGACCAGACGAGACGUGCUCGAAGCUCUGGACAAGCGCGACGGCUCAUUGACUUACGAGGCCGUGCAGGACAUGAAAUACUUGGAUAUGGUUAUUCUAGAGACACUGCGCAAGUAUCCACCGGGACCUUUGCUCUCUCGACGCUGCGAGCGCCCUUACAAGCUCCCCGGUAGCGAAGUCGAGCUGCCGAAGGACAUGCGAGUCGUCAUACCGAUCUACGCGAUCCACCACGAUCCCAAGCACUACCCCGACCCCGCCACCUUCCGACCCGAGCGCUUCGACGAGCGACACCGACUGGAAAGGCACCCGUACACCUAUCUACCCUUCGGGGAGGGACCUAGAGGCUGCAUCGGGGUGAGAUUCGCACUGCUACAAACGAAGGUCGGCGUGAUAACUUUCCUGAGAAAGUACCGAGUCGAGGUUUGCGGAAAAACCACCGUCCCGAUAAAGUUCAGCAAACGAAGCUUGGUCACGGCCAGCGAAAACGGCGUGUGGCUGAAGAUUUCGAGACUGCCGGGUUGACCGAUUUUUUUUAUUUCGUUUGUGAUUGUUCCGUGACCGAACAACUGAUGGACCAAUGACAGGUUUUCCUACUUUAAAAUCAUUAUUGCUGUUGCGAAGA